CCUGCGGUCACGUGGGCAGCGCGUCAUGUGACCUGCGGCACCGCCGGCCGGGAGGCCAUGGCCGCCCCCCGCCCCCCCCGGGUGGUGCCGGGCGAAGCCUCCGAGAGCGACUCGGAGCCCGAGCUGCUGGUGGAGACGGCAGGGGAGGCCCCCGGAGCCGGGCUGAAGGUGCCGGGCGAAGCCUCCGAGACCGAAGAGGAGGAGGAGGAGGAGGAGGAGGAGGAGGAGGAGCAGAGGCCGAAGACGCCGCCGGUGCUGGCGGAGGAGCCGGCGGCCGUUUGGGGGGGCGGCCCCUCGCUGCUGCAGCAGCGGCUGCGGGAGGGCACGGGGCGGCUGCGGGGGGCGGUGGGCAGCGCCCUCCGGCAGAGCUACGGCAGCGCCGCCCGGAGCCUGGGGGGGCUGGGGGGAGCCCUGGGCCGGGCACAGGUGACCGCAGCCGCAGCCGCACACUGCCUGCGCCUGGCCCGCCGUGAUCUGCGCGCCGUGGCCGACACCAUCGACAUCGUCACAGCCUGUCACCUCCUGCCCGACAUCCGCGGGCAGCUCUGACCGGCAGCGCCGUGUGGCACCGCGUUCCAUCCCCACUGCGGCUGUCACCAACACCUGGCAGACAUCUGCCAGCAUCCCUGCUGUCCUCGGCAUCGCCAGUACCGCGUCUGCCACGGCAGGGUCAUCACCGUCGGGAUCAUCAGUGCAGCGUCCUGCCGAGGGUGGAGUUGUGGUGGCAUCGGGUCAUGUUUGCAGCAUCCCACACUGACUGUGAAGACCACCAUCAUCACCAGUGGCAUCAUCACCAGUGUAGCCACAGUGACACCAAACAGUGGCUUUGGCACAGAGAACACCGGUGUGGUACCCCAGGAGCUCCAUGCUCUGGUGACAUUAUUGCUGCUGAUCCCCUGGCCAGCUGCCACCAUCCCUGAACUGCAGCCUGGUGCUGGCUUGUCACCAUUGUCCCCAAAUGCCACUGUUUUAUAUGACAUGGAACUGAAUAAAGCCGUGGUAGUGUGAGAGCCACAGUGGGAA